UGUGAUCACUUCGCAAAUUCCAGUGUGAAUAAAGAUUCAAAAUGAAAUUCCAAUAUAAGGAAGAGCAUUCAUUUGAAAAAAGGAAGACUGAAGGUGAGAAAAUACGCAGGAAGUAUCCCGAUCGCGUCCCUGUCAUUGUGGAGAAAGCACCCAAGGCUCGGCUCGGAGACCUCGACAAGAAGAAGUAUCUAGUGCCAUCGGAUCUGACUGUCGGGCAGUUCUACUUCUUGAUCAGGAAGCGCAUUCACCUGCGGCCUGAGGACGCGUUGUUCUUCUUUGUCAACAACGUCAUUCCUCCCACCUCGGCCACCAUGGGCUCGCUUUACCAGGAGCACCAUGACGAAGACUUCUUUCUAUAUAUAGCAUUCUCUGAUGAAAACGUCUAUGGAUUUUUCUAAUUUCUUAUUAAAUUUCACUAUUUCAUUACCAUGUGUAGACCG